AUGCCGCCUCGAAAACGCGCCCGACACUCGCGAACAACAACAGCAACCGCCUCUCCCUCUCCCUCCCCCUCUCCCCAACAACAACAACAACAACAACCCGACGAACAGGAUCCCCCAUCACCAUCCUCACCAUCAUCCUCCGACGCCUGGACAGACGCAGAAGAAACCGCCCUCUUCCGCGCCCUGCUCCGCUACAAACCGACCGGAAUCCACAAACAUCACCGCAUGCUGGCCCUCCACUCCUGGCUCCUCGACAACCACCACAUCCAUCCUCGCAAUCCCCACACUCGACCCCCAGGAAUCUGGAAGAAAUUGAACGGCCUGUAUGAUUUGAAAGCUUUGGAUGCGCGGGAGGAUGCGAGACAAUUGGAGAGGAUUGAGGGCGUGGAGGAAGGAGGUGUAGUGUUGGAUGGGGAGUGGAGUGAUGUGGAAGGUUUGGUGGAGGUGGGGGAGUUUGGGUUGCCGGUUAGUGAGGAUGAGGGGGUUAGGAGGGAGGUGUGGAGGAGGAGGUUACGGGGUGAUAUUGAUGAUGAGGGGAGUGAGAGUGAGGUGGAGAUUGUCGGGUUGAAUUUGAGGAAGACGCCGCCGAGGGUCUUGGAUUUGAGGACUGGGGUGGAACCUUCCCCGAGGAAGAGGAGGAGAGGUAAAGGGAAGGGGAGGAAAGGGGAGGAAGGGAGUGUUGGGGGAAGAACGAGUUUGCUCGGUGCGCCGAGUCGGAGGAGUGCGAGGCAGGCGGAGAGUACGGCGGAUGAACAGAGUGUUGAUGGCAGAGGGGAGGAGGCCGAGGAAGAGGAGGAAGGUGCUGAGGAGGAGGAAGGCGUGGACGAGAGUGAGGAUAAAGAGAGUCGUGCCAGUACACCUGCUACGAGGAGUACCCGAUCCAAAGGCGGUGCUACUGCCAAGGGUGGAACGAGAAGUAAGGCGAGAGUCCGGGCGAAGGCGAAGUAG